GCCAGGAAGAUCUUCAUCCCUGCAGCGCUGCUGCUACAGUUAGAAACCUGCUGCCUCUCCUCUCUGUUUCUUUUGACCUCCUGGAGAGGAGAGUGCCCACUUUCACCGCUGUAUCCUGCUCUACCUGCUCCUGCUUUCAGCAUGGUAAAGAAGAAUACUAUCCCUGAUGGAUGGCGGAGUUUGACACCAGUUGGACAGCCUAUACCAGGAACUAGAUUUAUUGCAUUCAAAGUACCUUUAAAAGGGGCAAUUAACCAGAGGCUGACCCCAACCCAGAAAUUUACACCAAAAGACUUAAUUGCUGCAAUGAAAGCCCUAAAUGUGGAGCUUGGAUUAAUUAUUGAUUUAACAUAUACCACACGAUACUAUGAAGUUAAGGAUUUACCUAAAAGCGUGCAGUAUAAGAAACUUUAUACUGUUGGGCUUGAAGUCCCUGAUAAUGCUACUAUCCUGCAGUUCAAAAAAUGGGUCAGAAAAUUCCUGUGGGAAAAUGCAGGAAAUGAGAAACUCAUUGGCGUUCACUGUACUAAUGGAAUUAAUAGAACUGGCUACCUUAUUUGUAGAUAUCUUAUAGAUGUUGAAGGCUGGGAUCCAGAGGCAGCAAUCCAAGCUUUUGGUGAUGCUAGAGGUCAUCGCAUGGAUGGUCUUGUGUAUCUUACUGAUCUCAGAACACAACCAAUGAGAAGUAACCUUGGAAUGGAUGUAUGGGAUUCAGAGGAAGAUACUAUUCCCCCACCACAUGCAAUGGAAGGACCUGUAGAGCGGUUAAAGAUUUUCAGGGGUCUGGGAAAAGAUUAAGAAUUUAUGAUGACCACUCUCACAAUGAUUUGCAAGGACAGAUACAGCUGAGAGAUUUUGAUUUCAUUAAUAAGGGACCUGGACAAAGACGAAGACCAUUUCAUGACCAUCAGACUCAGGAUGAUUUAAGAGCACCAAUGCAGAUGAGAAAUUGGGACUACAAUAGGGGACCAGGACAGAGGCGAAGACCCUUUCCUGAUCACCAGUUUUAUGAUGAUUAUCAAGAAGACAUGCAGCCAAAGGACCUAGACUUUAGUAACAAUGGACCUGGACAAAGGUUGAGACCUUUUCAUGGACACCAGUUUCAUGAUGAUAUACAGGCAGAGAGACAAUUGAGGGACAUUGAAUUUAACAGAGGCCGUGGACAAAGGCAGAGAUCUUUUCCUGACCAUCCGUCUCACAGUGAUUUGCAGGCAGACAGACAGUCAAAGGAUGAUGAUUUUGGUGACAGGGGCC